AUGCGGGAACGGGGCCCUUGCAUUUGUGGAGUAGGUGUAUGGAGUCUACUGCUGUCCCUCUGUCUGGCCUCCCUGACACAUGCACACCGGAGCCACACAGUGCAUGUGAAGGCAGGGACGUGUGAGGUGAUCGCUGCCCAUCGCUGCUGCAACAAGAACAAGAUUGAGGAGAGAUCUCAGACUGUCAAAUGUUCCUGUUUCCCUGGACAGGUCGCCGGCACCACUCGGGCCAUGCCCUCCUGUGUUGAUGCCUCCAUUGUAAUCCAGAAGUGGUGGUGUCAGAUGCAUCCAUGUAUGGACAGUGAGGAGUGCAAGGUUCUUCCCGACUUCACAGGAUGGAGCUGCAGCACAGGCAACAAAGUCAAGACCACAAAGGUCGGUGUCAUACGAGGAAGAAAGAAAGGAUAUUUGUAUGCUGCACAUUUCAGCCAGGACUGA